AUGGCUCAAGGUAAGAGCUUUUUCGAUGAUGUUAAAAAGGAGUUGGAAUGUUCCGUGUGUCGGGAGUUGUUCAGUGAAGUCAAUGAACCAAAAAUUCUAAAAUGUCUCCACACUUUUUGUAAGAAUUGUCUGGAAGCUUGGCUGAGGAGGCAGCGUGAAGGACAGCUAAGUUGUCCGACAUGUCGUCAAAUCACUGAGUGUCCCAGCAGCAACAUUAACAGCCUCCCAUCCAACCUUUUCUACAAACAGAUGGUGGAGAUUGUAGAGGCCUAUAGUGGUACAGGACAAGAAGAUGAUUCACUGCAUUGUGGGAACUGUGUGGAGAAAAAGCCUCUGCAGUUUUAUUGCUUUGAUUGUAACACCUUCUUGUGUGAGAAAUGCGCUGGCGCCCACAGCAAAUCGAAGUUGUUUAAAGGCCACCAUGUCAAGGAAAUUGGUAAAUUUGAGUCAAGCGAUAUGCAAGAUUACGCCCGAAAAUCCAACGUAUGUAAGAAACACAAGGAUGAGCUAAGAUUUUACUGUGAAAACUGCAACGUUUGCAUUUGUCGGGAUUGUGCCAUACUGGAGCACCGUGACGAUAACCACUACAUAAUUUCACUUGAAGAAGGAUUUGAAAACAAAAAAUCCGACAUAACAAGUAAAAUGAAAGACGUUGAAGCAAUUGCAAGUCGUUUGACGGACCAAAAACAAACGCUGGAGAAGAAAAAAUUUAGGAUGCUUGGAAGCAUUGAUCAAGCGACGAGUGAAAUUCACCGAGUCGCUGAACAAUGGAUCAGCUUCAUUCGCCAAAAUGAGGCAGCCAUGACCAAAACGUUGCUCGAGCAGAAAAAUUCUUUUCAAGGUACAUUUUCAUCCCAGAUGUCUCGCUUAGACGAAAAACUCAUUGAGAUAGACAGCAGCUUGGUAUUUAGCAGCGACGUUCUCGCUCGAGAAAAUCUACCAGAGAUUUUGAACGUGGAAGAAAUACUGGAUCAACGGUUUCAAGAACUUUCUUCGGAAUUUCGCGUCAACCUGAAUUAUUCAUGCGUCAAGUACGUUCCAAAUGAUGCAUCACCGUCAAUGAACGACGUGCUUGGAAAGUUAAUCUUUACUAAAACCGACCCUAUGCUCACGACAGCAAAUGGCAAGGGACUUACCGAAGGUACUGAAGACGAAGUGUGCUCUUUUAAGAUAGAAACAAGGGAUUCGCGGGGACAAAUAACUUACUCUAGCGUAGACAAAUUCGGUGUUGACAUCCGAUCAGUGGAUACAGGAAACGUUAUAGCCCCCGAAAUAACAGACUCAAAAAAUGGCUGUUACGAAGUAAAGUACAAACCCAAGAUUGCAGGAAAAUUUGAAGUGUGUAUAACUGUAGACGGUGAAGCAAUCGUUGACAGCCCAUUCCGACUUGAAGUGAAUGAAAAGAGAAGGCACUCCCAACCGACAGGUAUUGUCAAUGCUUAGUUUCAGUUGUUUGAAAAGAUCGAUUAGUGCACUAGUCUAACAAAGAAGGUUAACUUACUGGUUUUACAAAUGUAAUAAAUAAGAACGAUAUCACGAGGAACACUUGCUAAAACGGAUUUAUAGCCUAUUAAGACAACUGACAACUGGCCAGCAUCAUUUUAGAAAGAAGUUAGUACAGCCUUUGUUCUGAAGCGUAAAAAUGGUUUGUCAUUGUAGCCUUUUUAGAUAAAUACGUAACGGCGAAAUACGGGCCCUACAUAUUUCACAGCGCUUUAUUUAUCAGUCUAUUGUGGGGCAGCUUGAAGGAACCACCAUUUUCUGGUGACCAUGUACCCUUAGGGUACCUGGGAGGGUAACUUGCUUGGGACCUAUAUAUAAGGUUGGGUCUGUGCAUCAUGAAGCCGUCAAAAAAUGUUUUGAAACUGACAUAAUCAAACUUAUGCCCACGACAGACUAGAAUUACAGAUUAGCAGUUCGGGUCAAACCAUCUAGCUCAUCAUUUUUUUUUUUUUUUUUGGGGGAAUAUAUUGAUUCUUUUUCGACUUCUUUUGAUCUUAACGUGUUGAGUUUGUAAACUUAAAAAUAAAAAAAGAAAGAAAGAUCAGAAUCAUAGAGAGGAAAUUAAAGAAAAAAACAAACAAACAAACAAAAGAAUGAGCCGGAGCGCGAACCAAGGGGACUAGCGAAGGGAAGUUUUGAUUUUAAUGGUCAUUUUCUUAAAUAACCAACCUUACUCAGUUUACUUUACUAAUUUACGUUUUUUCACAUAAUCAAAUAUCAGGCCUACCAGUGAGUCUCCAGUCAAACCGAGCUUUAACCUGCAACUUGUGCAGCUAUAAUUCUAGUAAGCAAAUGUCUUCAUGUUUUCAUCACUAUUGUAAUUGGUGUCUGAAAAUUAUGCAGUCCCUUGGUUACUGUGUAUCGUGUCAGUAUUUGAGGGAUUUAGGAGGUAGAAUCUUAUUUGGAGAUCAACCUGACGGACAUAUGAGUUGGAGGACUGAACCAAGAAACUUUCUCCCGGGCAAUGAAGAUUAUGGGACUAUAAUAAUAAGCUGCAACUUUGACAGAGGAGUUCAAGGUACGUCUUUUAAUUGUUGUUUUAUUAAUUCGACUAUUAGAAAACGGAUUCUUAUUCAUUUUGGCUUUAAUUUAUACUUUGACUCCAAGCAGGACGUCCUUCAUGGGCGAUACAAAAAUGUUUAUCCCUUUCUCCCUUUUUGCCUGGACUAAAUGAGUUAAUUUGAGUGCAGGAUUAGCAUAAGACACAAUAUGUUUGUUAGGUACAAGCACCUUCAUGGUUGCAAUCUGCGUCGUGUUAUCGGCUGUAAUUUCUGUUCAUUUUUUUUGUGAACGUGUUCUUUGUUUACAGGGCGAAUGCCACUUAACUAUGGUUGAGUUCCCUUGUAUUAUUAUAUCACGCGGUUUGGUCGUUUCUGACUCGAAUUGUAAGCACUUUUAGAAUUAAUUUUUCAGAAUAAACUAAUUAAAAGUACAAUAGGAAAAUGACAAAAAGGCAUUAAAAUUGGCUGGAAUUCCAUUGAGUCAUCUUCCAGGAAUUCACUCACAUAGUGCGCUUAGGCUGCCUGUGAAAAUAUACAAAUAAUACUUCACAUUUUCAGGCGAACACCAUCCUAAUCCUGGCGUACCUUACUGCUGUUACUUCUGCACAUUCUACCUUCCUGACAACGAAGAGGGGCGAGAGCUCUCCGUGCUUUUGAGGAGAGCGUUCAAUGCAAACCAUAUGUUCACAAUCGCAGAGAAUAGUAUCGUGUGCAAUGGUUUGGAACUGAAAACGAGUCUACAAGGCGGUCCAUCAAAGUGAGUAAGGUCCUUUGUACAUCAAAGGGAAAUGCCUGGCCACAUAUAUUAGAGAACGUCCAAUACGUCUGGUACGUUUACGACUUCUAAUAAGGAAAAUGCAUUAAACGCGAAAAGACUUUUAAAGUUAGACGUUUAAAAACGUCUGAUAGACUCACUUUAUAGACCUCUUAGUAUCAGACGUUUAAGCCGUUUGGGUUAGAGAAGACGCAUUUUUGUCCAGACGUCCUGGAAGUGCUCUGGUAUGAAUAGGGACAACCGUCUUUGGGCACGAAUUAACCCUUACUUCGACGAGAAGGGUUACCACAGCCAACUCUAUCUGAUUCUCCCCCUGGGAUUCUCAGGGUGUGGCGUAUCGGCCUUUCAUCGCAUACCCCACUUGUAAAAUUCGUUGUUCAACCCUUAUGAAAAUUAGCGAAAAUCCUGUUCGAAAUCAGUGUUUUCACAUAUAUCGGGUACAACUUUUAACGAGUAGAAAUCGCAAUCUCACUCUCAAGCUUGCUUAUUUUUAUUCUUUUCUCCUCACAGUUACGGAUAUCCAGACCCCGGCUACCUUAACAGAUUAAAGCGACAGUUAGCUGACAAGGGUUUUACUUUAUAGAGAUUCACAUAGUCAGUUUGCGGAAUCAAACCUUUCAUUCCCAAGAUGCUCACACUCCAGAGAUGUCUAUAGAAAUACCAAAUUUCUUUUUAAAGAAUAUUGAAAAACGAAUAAAUAGUACCAACUGAAAGAACUGCUAGUUUCUUUUGGAUCGUUACAGUACUUGAAGUUUCAGGUUAGACUCAAAAGUUGGACUUUUGAAGACGGAUUCACGGCGUUAUUCCAUAUCUCGAACCCAGGAGAGGAUAUAAAGGAGCCAGAGAUAAUCCCCUACGUAGGCCCCAUACCCAUCGUAAUCCCCUUUUAAUUUAUCUUCUCUUGUCGAACAUCAUUAUAAAGAAUAAAAAACUUUGAUACUUAAAAGUAUCAAAGUUUUUUUACUGUAUACGAAGUAAAUAGUGCCACGCGAAUGUCCCACUGGAAAGAUUUAUUUGAAUGGGUAUUUAUCUGCAAACUCAAAAUUAACCCUAACCCUAACCCUUUGAACUAGAUGUGUUUCGGAAAUGCAUUGACGGAAUUGGACGACGCAGGAGUCUCCAAGCCCACGUUCAAACGGCGUUGGAUUGCGCUAUGCAUCGGAUACAAGAGAUAAUGAGCUCUCUUGUCGGAUAAAAUUACUAUGAUCCAGCGGUUAAUAUGGAAACCAUAUAAUUGCGCUAUGCAGUGGAUAAAGACCUAGUUAAGACAGAACUGGAAUGGUGAGGUACUGGCUCUCUGUCCUACAGCUGGAAGUCGC